AUGUCGGACGGAGAAGGCUUUGAUGACUUGUUCGGCGGUGUCGAAGAGGCACCGGAAUACCCGCUGCAGACGCUCUUCAUCAACCGCCAGGCACUCGCCGAGGAAGGGACGACGUGCGACUACUUCAAACCUCUCCUUGACCGUUUUGACAGCAUAACCUCUGCGGCGACGGCGGAGGAAGAUGAGGCGCUGCUACGUCAGCGCCUCGCGCGCCUCGCGCCGCCGCCGCUGGUGGUCCGCUUCCGUGACAAACGACACAGCCUGUGGGGGCACAAGCUCUGGAACGCGGCCAAGUAUCUCGUAAAGCGCAUGGAUGAGCGUAUGAUCGACGUGCGUGGAAAGUCUGUCAUCGAGCUUGGUGCCGGGCUCGGCGUUCCGGCACUGGCAGCGUACAAGAACGGCGCGCGGUUGUGCGUCAUGACGGACUACCCUGACACGCAUCUACUCGACAUCCUCGCGCUGAACUUGGAGACAAACUGCGCCCCUGGAGACAUAGAUGCUGACGUGAAGGGCGAAAUGGAGCAGCAAGCCCGGCAGCAGCUCGCCAACGGUGGCGGCCUCGACCGCUUCUCGGCUGAUCAGCUGGAAGCAGCCAUGAGAACCCGCUGCUGCGUGGAGCCCCUUCUCUGGGGCAAGAAGGAAGACAUUGGUAAAGUGAUGCAGUACACGACUGGCAGCGCCGGCUACGACAUCGUCCUCCUGUCCGACAUUAUCUUCAACCACGUCUGCAACGAUGACCUCGCCGACACGCUCGCCACGCUCCUGGCCAAGAAUACACACGCGGCCGGCUACUGUGUCUUCUCCCACCACCGCGCGUACAAGCAGCUGCACGACUUCGAGUUCUUCGACAAGUGUGUGCGCCGCGGGCUGCAGUAUGAGCAACUGGACGAGCAGGACUACCCCAUGAUGUUCCCGGAGGAUCGCGGGCCGGAGUCAGUGCGGCAGCCGGUGAAGUGCUACAAGAUCACCCGUCGCUACGACGCCGCCGGCUGCGGGUUGGACGCAAGCCUUUGUUUUGACGUGGUGCUGCAGGGGACGGGGAUGGUGCAGUCGAUCCUGUCGGCAGCGUUGUCGCGAAACGGGCUGAAGGUGCUGCACUGCGAUGGUGCGGAUUACUAUGCUGCCGCCAUGGCCACUUUCGACCACACCGCGCUUCUCCAGUACUUGCGCCAGCCGUCGCCAUCCUCGAUGUCUUCGUCCGGCGCGUCAAACAUCUUCAUCAACCGCAUCGUCGACGAUGUGCCAGAGGCACGCCGCCGCCGCUACCUGUUCGACGUGCUCCCGAUGUGCUACAUGGCGCGUGGUCCGCUGCUGAGCCGCCUCGUCUUCUCUGGCAUAGGCCGAUCGCUGGAGUGCCAGCACGUGCACCGCUUCCUCUUCCUGCAACACCCGACAACAGCAACCGGUGCUGGCUCGGAGGCGACGACGACUGCGAUGGAGGUUCCGCUGACGCGGGCAGGCGUCUUCCACAACACCACCAUCGGGCUCUUUGACAAGCGUCGCAUGAUGCGUUUCGUGAAAGAUGUCGAGGCGUGCGUGGCGGAGCAGCUGCACGCCAAGGCCGCGAACCCGGCUGACGACCCGUCCGUCGCGAACACGUCCGUGGCCGCCGAGGCGGCUGUGGGCAAGGCAGCGGCCAUCUUCACCCGCGAGGCGCACGCGAAUCCGCAGGUCACCUUGACGGAGCUCUUGCAGAGAAAGUACGAUCUCUCCGGCACCGUCCUCGACGUCGUCUCGCUCAUGGGCAUGAUGGAUGUGCUGCCCGCGACGAGCAGCGCAAGCGUGGCCGGCAGCCAGGGGGCUGCGAAGGAGCCGCCUCUUGUUCGGUCGGUGGACAUGGUGCGCGAUCUUCUUCUCUCCACCGGUGCCUUCGAUGGCAAGUCUCCGUACCUCACCAUGUCGUACGGAGCCUCCGAGGUGGCGCAGAACAUGUGCCGCAUCUCCGCCGUCUGGGGCGGCAUCUUUGUGCUACGCCGCAGUCUCCGCGGCGUCGCCGUGGACGAAGGCAAAGGGACCCAGUACGCCGUACUGAGCAACGGGCAGUGGGUGCCCGCCAAGGUCAUCGUCACGCCAGCGGAACUCGCCGCAGCGAACUAUCUGAGCUACGGGGUGAACGACUGGUACUACGACUUCCUCAAGGAGCAGGAGCAGGGCCGGACGCCUCUCAUCCCACCCCCGGCGGAGCAGACGAAGACGAGCGACAAGGGCGCGGCUGACGAGCCUGUGACUGCGUCGGCAUCUCCUGCAGCGGUGGUCCGCUUCAGCCGAGUCGUGCUGGCGACGAAGACCGCUUCGCUCUUCUCGCUAGCCACCAUGCAGGGCGCCGGCGUAAUCGAGGUAGAUGACGCGCGCGACUACACGGCCGCUGCGCCGAUCAUCACGGCCCUCGCGAGGGAGCCACAGACGCGGGCGGUGGUGUGGGUCGUGCAGCAGUCGUUUGCGUCCGACCAGGCACCGGCGCGCUUCACCGAAAGCGACCCCGACGGUGAUGCCGCGUGUGAUCCGUGUGUAGUGCACUUCACGGCCGACGCAAAGCAGAUCUCGCAGGAGCAGCUGCGUGCGUACGUCAUGCACUACUACAUAUCCACCGCGAAGGCGGAAAAGCCGUACUGCGUCCCCUACGACGACGUCGUUCUGGCGGCUGCCUUCACGGUGGACAACCGCGAGGUGGCUCAGCGCGGCGUGGUGCCACACCCGGUGGAGCUGCCGAGCGAAACGCGCUGGACUCAUCCGUACGGUUGGGAGGAGUCCAUGAAGCUGCGGCGCGCCAACCAGAGCGACCGCGAACAUCUCCUGCACCACGGGAGGACGGGAGAAGAUGCUACGCCAUCGGCUGUCAAGCCCACGCCGGUGUGCUCGGCUGCGGCACGGGCGGCUGACCUCUGCCGCAGUUCUGAGAACUUUCACCUUGUCGAGGUGCCGACACUGCUGCCGAACCUUGUGUACGAUGGGCAUUAUGUGCAGGAGGCUGAGAGGGCGUACAAGCGCGUGCUCGAUGCCCUUGGCCUGCCGACAGCCGUCACGGGGACGUCCGCAGCGGUAGCGGAGGGCGAUGAGGAAGCAGCGCAGGCGUACGCCUUCCUCAAGCCGCUCCCGCGGUAG